GCGCCUUGGCGGGCGCAACGCACGUGGCUCCGGCCGCGAUUUCGCGCCCGUGGGGGCCCCCUUGGUCGGGCGUGUCAGCAACGCCAGCUAGAGAACCCCUGGACAGUAGUUUGCAGCUGUUAACAUCUGGCAGGACCUCUCCGGGCCUCUCUUGGUCGGCGCGGUGCGGGCCGAGUCCGUGCGAGUGGGGUUCGAGUGGUGAGGCUGGCCCACGGGACUACAGUGCUCCCGGCCUCCCACCUCAGAGAUGGGACAGGGAGGCCUCCCAGCGAUUCCAUCGAGCCCUCAGGGUUCCCAGUGGCCCUGGACUACCAAGCUUGUCCUGAGUGCCAGUUCUGCCUACGACUGACCGGCGCAUUGGGGCCAGGCUAGGGGAGUACAGUGGGUGGAUCCGGUACCCAGCCCUACCCUGUGAGUUUCCUCCGAGGCCUGUUUGGCUGUGUGAGUGGUGGAUCUUCCCCCUCCCCCUUGCCCUCAGUGGGUCUGAGCUGCCUGACUGUGGGAAGUUUGCCGUCUGGGACGGUGACCUUGGGCUGCUCUGGCCGGAUCUCGGAGAGGAGCCUACUGAGUGCGCUUGGCCUUGGGAGCUGUCCACCUUCUGUUCCUCUCAGUAUCCGCGGAGGCUGUGUAUAGGUGUUCUGCAGACCAUGAACUGAUCACUAGUCCCAGACAUUCAUGAGCACAGUGUGAGGCUCCUGAUCACCACCCAGCAGCCCCUUCCUCUCUGGCACUAAGGACCCCCCGGAGAAGAUGGGGAGGAAAAAGAUUCAGAUCCAGCGAAUCACUGAUGAACGGAACCGCCAGGUGACCUUCACCAAGCGGAAGUUUGGGCUGAUGAAGAAAGCCUACGAGCUGAGUGUGCUGUGUGACUGCGAGAUCGCGCUCAUCAUCUUCAACCACUCCAACAAGCUGUUCCAGUACGCCAGCACCGACAUGGACAAGGUGCUGCUCAAGUACACCGAGUACAACGAGCCACACGAGAGCCGUACCAAUGCUGACAUCAUCGAGACCCUGAGGAAGAAGGGUUUCAACGGUUGUGACAGCCCAGAGCCGGAUGGGGAGGACUCACUGGAGCAGAGCCCCCUGCUGGAGGACAAGUACCGGCGGGCCAGUGAGGAGCUGGAUGGGCUCUUCAGGCGCUAUGGGUCAUCUGUUCCGGCCCCCAACUUUGCCAUGCCUGUCACAGUGCCGGUGUCCAAUCAGAACUCCAUGCAGUUCAGCAAUCCAAGUAGCUCUCUGGUCACUCCUUCCCUGGUGACAUCAUCCCUUACGGACCCACGGCUCCUGUCCCCCCAGCAGCCAGCACUACAGAGAAACAGUGUUUCUCCGGGCCUGCCCCAGCGGCCUGCUAGUGCAGGAGCCAUGCUGGGUGGAGACCUCAACAGUGCUAAUGGAGCCUGCCCUAGCCCCGUUGGGAAUGGCUAUGUCAGUGCCCGAGCUUCCCCUGGCCUCCUUCCCGUGGCCAAUGGCAACAGCCUAAACAAAGUCAUCCCUGCCAAGUCUCCACCCCCACCCACCCACAACACCCAGCUUGGAGUCGCCAGCCGCAAGCCUGAUCUACGGGUCAUCACUUCCCAGGGAGGCAAAGGGUUAAUGCAUCACUUGACUGAGGACCAUUUAGAUCUGAACAAUGCCCAGCGCCUUGGGGUCUCCCAGUCUACCCACUCGCUCACCACCCCAGUGGUUUCCGUGGCAACACCAAGUUUACUCAGCCAGGGCCUCCCCUUCUCCUCCAUGCCCACUGCCUACAACACAGAUUACCAGCUGCCCAGUGCAGAGCUGUCCUCCUUACCAGCCUUCAGUUCACCUGCAGGGCUGGCACUAGGCAAUGUCACCGCCUGGCAGCAGCCCCAGCAGCCACAACAGCCACAACCGCCACAGUCACAGCCACAGCCACAGCCACAGCCACAGCAGCCACCUCAGCAGCAGCCCCACCUGGUCCCUGUUUCUCUCAGCAACCUCAUCCCUGGCAGCCCCUUGCCCCAUGUGGGUGCUGCUCUCACUGUCACUACCCACCCCCACAUCAGCAUCAAGUCAGAACCAGUGUCCCCAAGUCGUGACCGCAGCCCUGCACCUCCUCCAGCCGCUGUGUUCCCAGCUGCCCGCCCUGAGCCUGGCGACGGUCUCAGCAGCCCAGCUGGAGGAUCCUAUGAGACCGGGGACCGGGAUGAUGGACGGGGGGACUUUGGGCCCACACUAGGCCUGCUGCGCCCAGCCCCAGAGCCUGAGGCUGAGGGCUCAGCUGUGAAGAGGAUGCGGCUGGAUACCUGGACAUUAAAGUGAUGGUUCCCAGUCCCUCCUCUCAGCCUCCCUGAUGAAGAGUUGACAAUCUCACCGCCCACCCCUCCCUGUCCUGGGCUCCUCCCGCUCGACCCCACUUCCUUUCUUCUGCUCCAUGUCCUGUUGAUGGUUACAUUUGUGUAUAAUUAUAUUAUUAUUAUUAUUAUUAUUGUUAUUAUUAUUAUUAUUAUUAUAUUUUUAAAUUCGAAUUCUCGCUUUAAAGAGAGGGAUGCUCUUGCCCCUUUCUUGCCCCCACCAUUUUCACUGAUGGGGACUCUCUUUAUUGCGGGAAAGGGGGACACUUUGCACGUUGUACACAUAUGCUGCAGGAAGGGGGGAGGCGGUAGGCCUUGGAGAAGGACAGGUGCCGAGCCCUGCAUGUGGAGCCCUCCCAUCCCAUUCCCAGAUAGACGUAAAGAACCAAAAACUACCCAACAGCAAAACCCAGACAGUGGACUAAACCCAAAGCUGGCUUGACGAUGGGCUUGUGUCUCAGGGGAUAGGAAGAGGCAGAAUUUCUGCGUCUGGGCUGUUCACCAUGGCUGAUACCCAUCCUGGUCCCUCCAGCUUCGCAUACACACCACACUCGCUGCUCCUGUGUGCUACACCCCAAGAUCUGGGGGAUAGAAAGGCUGCCUAGGAAUCUGAGGCCAGGGCAGGGGCUUGAGGUAGGAGUCUCUAGAGGUAACGGGGAGACAGCGGUAGAAAGAGGGCUGGUGAGGACAGGACUGGGUGUGUUGAAUUGGGACCCCACCCCCAGCUUUCCCUUUAAGAUGUGCAGUGCAAUAGCUCCCUAUCCUUUAGCUACCCCAAUCCUAAAGAAAGCUGGCCAUGUACUGGGAGAGUUGGGAGAGGACCUUCUGUGAAGUGGCCCCAGGGUGGGCCAGAGUUGUCCUUUGGUUCCCUGGGGCACUGAGAGCAGGAGGCCUGUCAGGGGCAGGGUGGGGAGGGCCCCUCUUGGCUUUGUGCACCUGUGUCCAGAAGAGUACAUACUGGGCACAUGGCACGGUCUGUGGAGCUAGAGGUUCCUGCAGAUGAGGCCCUGGCCCUUCCCCCGGCCUCUGAACGCCUGCCCCUGACCCACCUCCCAGCUCUUUGCGUGCUCCUUGUCUCGCUACCUCCUGUCCCUCCACCUCCAGGCCACAUCCCAAACCUGCCCUCUUGCUACUGUAAUUGUAAAUAGAGACCUUUCAAAUGUUAGUGGUGUAACCGUCCAGGAAACUGUUGUGUUUGUUGUUGUUGUAUUGAUAUGAAAUGAGAUUCUAUUUUUGUCAAAGUAUAUUGUAAUAAUAAUGACUCAAAUGGCCCGUACUGUA